UCGCAGGGGCCGCAAGAGCCAGUUUAAACACAUCAUCCAUGGCCUUCUACCUGCAGCCAGCAUCGCACCAAAGCCAGCUGUGCCCCGCACACCUCCUCCCCGCAGCCCCAACCCUUCUCCAGAGAGACCAAGAUCAUUAUUUCAGCAUCAUAUCUAAGAAAUCUUUGCCUGACCCAAGGCCACGAAGAUUUUCUCCUAUAUUUUCUUCUACAAGUUUUAUAGUUUGGGGCUUUACAUUGAGGUCUAUGAUCCAAUUUGAGUUUAUUUUUGAAUAUGGCGUGGGAGGCACAGAUUCAAGCUCAUUUUUUUGUUUAUGGAUAUCCAGUUGUUCCAGGACCAUUUGUUGAAAAGGCUGUGUUGUAUUAGUUACCUAUUAUCGUGUAACAAAUUACACCAAAACUUAGUGGCUUAAAGCAUAAAACAGUCGCAUUUUUUUAUCCCAUGUCUCAUGAUGCUUUUUUUUUUUAAAUUAUUUCCUCUUUGUGUUUCAUUUUGGCUAUUUUCUCUUGUUUUGCCUUCAGUUUCACUAGUGUUUUCUUCUGCAAUGAGUAAUCUGCUGUCUGUCCCAUACAGUGUAAUUUUCAACUCCCAAAGCUCAAGUCUUUUUUAAUAAUCUCUCGUGUUUCUACUCAGCUUUUUGAGUGUAUGGAAUACAGUUAUAACUGUCUUAAUGUCCUUCUCUGCUAAUUCUAACAUAUGCAUUCAGUUCUGAGUGGGUUUCUGUUGAUUCUUCUCAUCAUUUUGGGUCGUGGUUUUCUAUAAUUUUGCAUGCCUGGUUAUCUUGGAUUGCAUACUAGACACUGUUGUAAGGGUCACCUUGUUGUGUGCUGGGUAUUUUUGUAUUCCUACAAAUCUUCUGGAAUUUUGUUCUGGGAUGCAGUUAAGUUACUUGGAACCAAUUUGAUCUUUUAGGUCUUGUUUUUAUGAUUUGUUAGAUACAUCUGAAGCAGUGCUCAAUCCUGGGCUAAUUACUCCCCACUACUGAGGCAAGACCUUUCUGAGGACUGUACUCAAUGUCCUGUAGAUUAUAAUUUUUUCCCAUCUGUCUGGUGGGUACAGGCAUUGUCCCCAACCGUGUGUAAGCACCUGGAACUGAUCCUCUAAUUUUUGUGGAUGGUUCUUCCCCCAGCCUUGGAUAGUUUCCUCACAUUCAUGCACUGAGGAAUGUUUUGCUGAACACCCAGGGGGCCGUCUGCAGAUUUCGAGAGCUCUCUCUGUUCAGCUCUCUCCUUUCCAGUCCUCUGUCCUGCAAAUUCUGUCCGCUCUGCUGUUCCUGGACGCUCAGCUUCGUCUCCACAGCUCAGGAGGUCCGCCUGGCUCCACUUCAGCUCUUCCUCCCUGUGCCGUGACCUGGAAAUUCUCUCAGGCAAUCUGCUCUGGCUGCAGUCAUCCUAACAACAACACUGACCGGCCGGACCGUUGCCAUUCCUCAGCCUCGCCAGAGAUCCCUGUCUGAGAGUGACACAACCUACGUUGAAAAGGACAGUUUCAUCGAACCCUAUGCCACCACCUCCGAGCUGAGGCUUCAACCAAAUUGGCAGCAUGAGACAGGAAGAAGAUCUUCUUUGCCGUCCUUUGACAUGCUGGGCUACAGGGAGGAGGACACUGAGGCACAGCUGUCCUCGAGCAGCGGGGAGUCGGCAGAUGCCAGCGCUCGCAAAGCGGAGGGAGGUCUCAGUGACGCUGUGUAUGCCAUGCCCCACAGAAAUCAGGUUCCACUGUCACAUGGGGUGGACAGUGAAGAUGACGAAAAUAUUUCUGACCAGGAUGGGUUUCCACGCUUGCCUCUUACAACACAACGUACACAAGAAAAAGAUGAUAAACAUUCUGUUCUGAAUUUAAAGGAUGAAAAACCACCAUUAUGUGAAAAGCCUCCACCCUCCCCAGAUAUAACUGGUAGAACACGGCAAAGAUGUAUAGAAAUAACCAAAGAAAAGUUCGAGGAAUUAAAAGAAGAAAAUUUGCUUCUAAGCAAUGCAAAUCAAACCCUUACUCUUGAACUUAACCUAAUAAAACAAGCAAUGAAAGAACUACAAUUAAAACUGAAAAGAACGGAAAAAGAAAACCGAAAGUUGAAAGAGGCUGAGAAAGCCUCCCCUCAGGAAGUAACUGCUGCCUCUGAGCUACUUUAUCUAAGAAAACAAGCUCAAGAACUGGUGGAUGAAAAUGACGGGUUAAAAAUGACUGUCCAUCGUUUAAAUGUAGAAUUGAGUAGAUAUCAGACAAAAUUCAGGCAUUUGUCCAAGGAAGAGACUUUAAAUAUUGAUGGCCUCCCAUCAAAGGGCCCGACACCACCCUGGUUGUUGGAUAUAAAGUACCUGUCACCCUUGUUACUGGCCUAUGAAGACCGAAUGAAAGAGAAGGAUGACCUCAAUGCCACCCUUCAGGAGGAAAUGAGGGUGUUCAGGAUGCGAGUCCAGGAAGUGGUGAAAGAAAAUGAAGAAUUGCACCGAGAGUUAACCAAGAGUAGUCCUGUUACCAGGGAGGAAUGGCAUCAGCUUCAGACUCAGGCAGAACUGGUUUUAGAGGAAAACAAGUUGUUGAUAGAGCAGCUGGAGAUUCAGCAGAGAAAAGUCAAGGAUACCCACAAGGAGCGUCUCCAGGAAGUUUCUAAGCUGACUAAACAACUAAUGCUUCUGGAGACUAAAACACAGAGCCAAAAAAAAGAACUAACUGAAAACAAGGAGCAGUUGGAAAUUUUACGUACUGAAUGCCAGGACCUAAAAACACAGUUGGAUGGCAAAAUUGCAGUGAACGUUCAUGCUUCAAUUGUAAAUGAAUUAAAAAGCCAGUUGCAGAAGGAAGAGGAGAAAGGAGGUGCCGAGAUGGAAGAGUUGAUGGGAAAGUUGGCACUGCUGCAAGUGCAGAAACAGAGCCUGCUCUUAGAGAAGAACAGUCUGGCAGCUAAAAACCAAGCACUGGGAGCCGAACUCGACAGGGCACAGAAAAUAAAUAGGAGGUCUCAAAAGAAAAUUGAUGUCCUCAAAAAGCAGGUGGAAAAAGCCAUGGAGAAGGAAAUGUCUGCUCACCAGUACCUGGCAAAUCUUGUCGGCCUGGCAGAGAAUAUAACCCAGGAACGUGACAAUCUUAUGUGCUUGGCUAAAUGUUUAGAAAGUGAGAAGCAUGGAGUUCUCAACAAAAUCAUAGAAGGCAAUAUUCGCGUGGGAAGGUUAGAAGAAAAAAUCAGGGGGUACAAGAAGCAGGCGGCACUGAAAGUGGGUGACAUCAGUCACCGCCUGACAGAGCAGCAGGAAGACUUCGCUAGCAAGACAGCUCGGUACCAGCAAGAGAUGAGGCACCUCCAUCGGAUGCUGCAGGACAAGCAGGAUAUCCUGGACCAGGCACUGCAGCAGAAAAGAGAAAUGGAAGGCGAGCUUGAGGUUGUUUGGCAGUCCACCUCCAAGGAAAACCAAAGAAUCCGAGAGUUGCUGCAGGCUGCGCUGGAGAGGCCCGGUGUGUGGGACGGCCCUGGGGAGGUGCGCUGGGCGCCCGCAGCUCCGGCUACUGGGACAUGAAGCCACCUCCCGCCACCCGCCGCAGCCCGCGCCGUGACUGGGGCCCUGGCCCGGAGCUCUGCCUUCCCUGGGACUGGGAGGCACAGGGGAAGGGCCCACUCCUACUUCCCGCCACAGCACUUCUCCUCAUCAGGGCAAGGUAGAAAUAAACUGUCGCAGAAAUUUAAUCCCUUUUUUUUUUUUACAUUUUGCUUUAUUUGACUCAUACAGUGCUGAGCUCUAUUUUUGCCUACUGGCUGCCUUGCCACAGAGCCAGGCUCUGUGAGACCCAUUGCUCAGGGUGCCAGGGGACCCGAGGAGCUGGCCUGGCUCUGGGCGUCUAGAUCUGUAGCCGGGAGAGUGCCGGAGAGAGCAGGCGGUGGGCCGGAGCCCUCACACAGCGGGGUAGGUGCGUGAGGUCAGCUGGACACGUCCAGUGCUGACACUGUCAUUCACUCUGGGUGCCGUUUUGGCGUGUGGGAAAAGACAGGUGUUAGCACUCACACCCCAGUAAGUUAUACAAACUCUGUUCUGCCCUGUCUCCCUGCCCUUCUUUAUCCUCCUGGAAAGGCAACUUUUCUGGGGCCACCUAGCACCAAGGUGGGGUCCCUGCCCCAGUGCCACCACCGAGAAGGAUGCCACGGGCCGGGGAUCUCCUCUCUGCCACCUCCUCAGGCAGGUGACCCCAGCCUCUCAGGACCAUCCCCUGGCACUUCCUGGUGCCAGUGCCGGCCACCCAGGGCUGCUUGUCCCUGGCAUGCUGGAAGAACGUGGGACAUCAGGCUGCACGGGACCCUGAGAGCAGUGUGGGGGGCAGAAUCCCAGAACACAGCCUUUUACAGGCCCCUUCCAGUGCAGCCCGGCCUCGGUACGGGUGCAGGCCAGCCCUGGGCCCUGGUCGGGUGCGAAAGUUACACACCUGAGCUCUGAUGGCUAAGUUGGGAGUUGAGAUAGAUCACAGUUUUUUUACCUUUUAUUCAACUUGUUCAACAGUUCAGUGAUUCUAAUUUAUUUUCAUUUGACCAGAGGUAGGGCGACACGCUGGGAUUUCAAACUCCCUAUCAUCUCCCUCGGAGGUGACCUAGCAAACAGCUUCGAUGUUAUUUCCAGGGAACCCAGCAGCUCUCUGGCAGCGUGUAAACAGGCUGCAAGGCCCCAGCGCCCCCGUGAGUCUCUCACUGUCCAGCCCUGUGCUUGGAGGGUGGCUUGUCGUGGGAAACCUGCUCUUGUCCCAUACGUAGAGAGCCACUUUUGUCAUUCCUGGCUUUGUCCCGCCUUCUGUGAGAACAUUUUGUUCCCUGGAGAAGUGAACGUUUGUACAUUUCUGCCUUAAGUUUAUUACAUGUUACAAACAUACUUGGCAAGUUUGGUGACCCCUGGACCUCGUCACGGCCAGGCAGGGGUGGGGUCGUGCAGCACUCGGGCUCUGCCAGCCUCCCGCCGGUUUGCUGUCGGCACGUGGCAGGUGGGCUCAGAGUCCAGGGUGCGAAGGAGGGCAGGCAGGCAAAGCGGCGAGAGACAAGGCUGCUGAGGGGCCCAGGGACUGAACUUCGAUGCUUCGUGGGGGAACUGGAAUGCCCUGGGCCUUGCCGGAUGGGCAAGGUUUCAGGAGCUGGAGAAGGGCAGAGAGGGCUGUGUGGGCUGGGGCAAGAACUCGGGAGCCGCAGGAGGGGCAUUCGGGCUGGAGAUUGGGGUGGGCAGGGAGGCCAGAAUGGCCCCGGGAAAGCCCGGACUGCCGUAAGGGUCUCCUGUAGGAGCCUGUAGGGCUUCAUCCUGCAGGUGCCAAUCGGAGCAGGAGUGGGGCCAUUCCUGCUUGGUCCUGGGGAAUCUGUAUAUGGCUCUAGAAUGGUCCUGAUCAGGCGAACGGUUAUAAAACGGGCCCCAGGAGCCCUGCUGCCUUUGGUAUUAGUCCGGGGGAAUUCCGGCCCGGGUGCAGAGAGGCUGGGGCCCAGCCUCAGGGGGGAUGUGGCUGUGAGCUUGAGGGGAUGGCAGGUGAGGAGCUGCCCUCAGUUUUCUGGUCAAUCUGCACAGAGGGUUGGGGAGGGGGGGCGGUAUCGGAAGUGGCUCCUGCCCCUCAGGCUCCGAGAAGAGUGGGAGAGGCCACCCUUUCCCGGCAGCUUCUCUCUGUGGAGAUCCGUGUGGCCUCCAACUCUGAGGAGAGGAGGAAAUCCUGAACUGUAUUUCUUUCAGUGCAGUGUAUUUAGUCAGCAAAUAUACAUGGAGUGCUUAUCUGUGCACGGUAUCGAGCACAGUAGCAGUGACAAAGGCAGACACAGUUACAGAGCCUGCUAGGUGCUUGGAAGAAAACAGGACCAAAACAAUGGCCUCAUCACCUUCAUGGCUGCUGUGGGAGCUACAGGGUGAACCCCGUGCAGAACAUUCAAAAACCUCACUGAACGGAAGCACGGCCAUGAUCUGAUCCUUCAAAACAAAAAAUAGUAUUUCCCAGGAACAGCCAGAAUUCUCUCUUUCCUCCCAUCUCCCAAUGCCGUGCCCCUCUAUCUUGCAGGAAAGCUCGCCUGAUCAGUCUCUAGGUGCCCUGCUAGCUCCUUUAUGUCCGAAUUCCCAAGUGAUGGUUCAUGAUAGGCCGCGCGAUCCCAAGCCGCUUCACAAGGAAGUGCGCCCGGACUCUGUGAAGGGCCGAUCUCUGCUCGUAGGAAGGCGAGCCAGGGACUCGGAGCCACGUAAGAGAUGCCAUUUCUCUGGGGAGCAUGAAGGAGAGUCCGGGGGAGCAAAGUUCAUGAAAGGCUGUGGGUAGGAGGUAGCAUUUCAGUGGGCAUUAGAUGCGGAGUUGGAUUUCCCCAGAAGAAAAUUCUGUAAAGAAAGACGGGGCCUCAGUAGGUGCAGAUGCACCUAGGGAAGGUGAGGUCAGACUGGAGUAGGGUUGGUGUUUCAUGCCAGAUGACUGGUGCCCUUAAGAAAGACAGCUGUGUGAGGAUGGAGACACCCAGGGAGGACGCCAUGUGACAACAGUCAGGGUUGGAGAGACGUAGCUACAGGCCAAGGACGACACCCGGCCAUGCUCGCAAGCCCAGAAGCUAGGACGAAGCCGUGAAGGAUCCCCUCCCGGGUUCCAGAGGGAGCAUGGCCCAUGCCCACACCUGGAGUUUGGACUUCUAGCCUCCAGAACCGAGGCGAUAGAUCUAUUGGUUUUAGAGCCAAAAGAGAAGAAAGCAGGACAAGCCCCCAGAGCCGUGGGCUUCCAGAACAAGCAGGGUCUCUGUGCAGUGACAGGAAAACUUCUGUAUGUGCUGGAGCACAAGGGGGUGAGAACAACACACCUUUUCAACUGAAUACAUUUUAAAAGGUAAUCUAGCUAUAGUUUGAGGACUUCUGAUGAAAAUCUCACCCCCAAAUUGAGAUGUGCCGUAAACAUAAAACCCCAGAUUCUGAAAAUUUACUAUGAAAAGAAGAAUGUGAAAUAUCUCACCAAUAAUUUUUGUACUGGUUAUAUGUUGAGAUAGCAUUUUGGCUGUGUUGGGUGAAAUAAAAUCUGUUGUGAAAAUUGAUAAUUUUACCUGUU